AAACAGGGUGUGUCGGGUCUGAAUAAUCUUGUGUUUCAAAAGGGAGGGAAACAUCCUGGAAAGGGGGGGGGGGGCACCUCCCAGUCAGGUGUGUCUUUUCCCUCUUCUCCCAUUUUACUCUCGUAAUACUUCGACAUUGUUAGUAGAUCAAACAUUGUUACAGUAUGACAGAGUCGGCUGAAGCUGUGGCAGGUGAUGUGACCAGCAAGAGAAGCGUGACGAUUGAAAUCUCAAACAUCACCAAUAACUACUGCCUUAUCAGUCCCAAAGCCUACCUUGACAAUGGAGAGGUGUUCAACCCGCCUCAACCGACGGUGCGCCCCCUAAAGACGGAGGUGUGCACCUUUACCAAAUCUCGUGGAAAAGCAACGGGCAGCGUAGGUGUCCUGACUUACGAUCUCUUCGAGAGGUCCCAGAAUGACUACAUAGAGACCCUGGCCAUCAUGUUUUCAGUUCCCUGGGACUACAACCUGUACAAGAACUGGUUUGCGGUGGGCAUCUAUAAAAAGGGUCGUAACUGUGAUGAGGCUUUGUUCAAAGAAAUGUACUAUGAGAAGAAACAGCUUGAGCAUGGUUUUGUCAGAGGUGAAGCCAAUGGCUCAGGAAUCAAUUAUAUCGGUAAUUUUCUUGACAUCAAAGCUACCAUGUGUCCCAUGGGCAACUCCAUCAUGAAAGUGGAGAUAUGGGACAAGCUUUUCACAUCCAUGGGGCAGCAAUCUUAUUAGAACACCUCACAGUUACAGAAACCUUUAAGAGAAUUUGUUGUUGUUUUUUUGCAGACUUCUUAAAAUAAAGACAGCAUUAGCUGUCCUGGAACCGA